GACACAUUGAAAAACUUCUAAAGCAGUGUGAUAACAUCAUAGACAGUAGCAAAGCUUAUCAGAAUGCCAAUACAUCAUUUCUGAACAACAUUCAAUUGCUCAUGGUUCACUUCAAAGAUGACACAAUGUUGCUGGAGGCCAUAGGAAAGUUUACACAAUGUUUAAGUCAGUGGAAUCUGAACUAUAAUACCAUGAUUGAGAACUGCAACUCGUAUUUCAUCCAAUGUAUGAAUUCUUUCAUAAAAAACGACAUCAAACGAGUGAAGGACUCCCGACGAAAUUUUCACAAAAAUUCAGAAGAUGUGGGUACGGCGUUCAGCCGGAAUGCGCAGGUGCCGAAGAGUAAGUUGGGAGAGUGCGAAGAAGCGGCUUCGAAUCUUGUCAUCAGCAGGAAUAAUUUCAAGAAGGCCUCCAUUGAUUACCUGUUUGAAGUUAACAUCAUCCAAUAUAAGAAGAGAACUGAAGUGCUCAACUGUUUGCUGUCACAUUUGAAGGGACAUCAGUCAUUCAUCGUGCAAACAAAUUCAACAUUCAACGAUUUAAAUCCAUACAUUCAGCAAAUUUCCGCCAGCUUACAGACAUUACAGAAUGAAGCAGCAUCUACCAGGCAGCAACUAAGAAAUGAAUCCAACACAGUUCUCAACCUGGCCAUGAGCUCUUCAGUGGAUGACCAUCGCAUGUCGACCAGCACCUCCAGUCAGAUUGAUGUUUAUCCAAAUGAGGAAUGCAUGGAGGGCUACCUCUACAAGAGAACCACUAAAACUUUCAAGUCGUGGGUCAGGCGAUGGUUCAUAGUAGACAACAACCAGCUGAUGUACUGCAGUCAGCACAAAAGUAGGGAAGGUGCUGUUAUCAUGGAGCGUGAUUUGAGACUGUGCAAUGUUGUACCAUUCCAAGAUACAGAUCGUAGGUUUUGCUUCCAAAUCAUUUCACCACACAGGACUCAUCUGUUGCAGGCAGACAAUGAGAAGGAUUGUCAAAAAUGGGUUGCUUUCAUUCAGGAGACAGCCAAGAAAGCUUACAACAGAAUGAACAGCACACCUUCAUGCAUUAAAGUUGGUUGCAUCAGUGCUGAUUUGAUGGCUUCUUCAUGCAGUCCUUUGAGAUGCGUGUCAACAAAGUCUCCACCCUCCGCUACUUCUAAUCUUCUUCCAAAAAUACCUAGUCAUGUAAAGUCCAUCCUAACGAUUUCCGGCAACGACGUCUGCUGUGAUUGUGGUCAUCCCGAUCCGAGGUGGGCAUCCUUCAACCUGGGCGUCACCUUGUGUAUUGAGUGCUCUGGUAUUCAUAGGAGUUUUGGGGUACACAAAUCUAAGGUGAAAUCUGUGACCUUGGAUGCCUGGGAACCUGACCAGGUGAGGGUCAUGGAACAAUUAGGCAACGACAUUGCCCGAAGAAUAUUUGAAUUGUUCGUUUGUGAGGAUGGUGACGUUUGUAUGAAUGACGCAGGGACCAAAAUAGUCAAGGCCACGCCUAACUGUAGCAGAGAGGUGAGAGAGGAAUGGGUCACAGCCAAGUAUUUGAAGCGUUCAUUUGUUAGAAGAUCCAACAGCCAGAACCACCCAACCAUGCCCUCAACUCCUCAACUGAAGAAUGCUGUUAAAAUGAAUGACGGUGCUGAUGCGUACGGCAAUGAUUACUGGCUGAACCAGGAUGCAGAUGAUAGCGAAGCAGCAAGCAAGCUGCUAUGCAGAGCUGCUGAGGUGGGCAACCUUCCUGGCAUGCUGAAGGCACUGGCCCUUGGCGCUGAUGUCAAUUUCAAGAAUACAGAGGACAGUGAUAAAACACCGCUCAUUUAUUCACUUACAACCGGUCUGAAUGCUCCAGUGGAGUUCAUGUUGUUGAACGGAUCGAAAGUUGACGUGCCUGAUGCUGACAAGAAGACACCACUGCACCAUGCUGCCAUUCUCGGCAAUGCUGGUCAGAUUUGCCUGCUGUUAAAAAGAAAAGCGAACCAGCAUUUGAAAGACAUCAACGGCAAUGAUGCUCUGUCGAUUGCUGUUGAAAAUGCAGAUGCCAAUGUCGUUACGAUACUUCGACUGGCACGACUGAAUGAAGAAAUGAAGGGUAGUGAUGGAGGCUUUGACAACCCAUCUGAUGACAUGUUUGCCGAAGUGUUCAAAGAUUUCUCAGCCAUACCAAGUAGCAGCGUCGAUGGCGCAUCGUCAACGAGAUCGUCCAUAUGCACUCUCAGUUCAACAACAACAACAUUUCAAUAAAUUUAUUUCCAUUUUUUCUUUUCAAUUUAUUUUUUUCUUAUUUCGUUUUAAUGCUGAAUAAUUUUUUUUAUAAAUUGAAGCUUCCCUACGUUGCUUCAUACUCUGUAUGCAUGCAUGUAUCAUCUUUUAAUUAUUAUUUAAUGAAUGUGAUAACAAAAGAAUAAAUGCUCUGCUUUUAAUUAGAAACUUCUAUUGUAUCAUGAUAUUUUGUUUUCAAAUUGUUGAAUAAACAUUUUAAUUGUACAUAGAGAAUAAUAAUUAUUAUUAUUCUUUGUAUUAUUUGAACGCUGACCAUGUUUUUGUAUUUAUUUAUUUAUGCACAUAAAAGAAUGUAUUAUAUUUAUAUACUGAUUUGAUCUGAUAAUACUCAGACAGUGUUGCAAAACAGAUGAUUAUUUUAGACUAAUUAUUCAAUCAAUUACAAAUUGCGUUCAUGAAAAUUAUUUUAAAUGCG